CAGCAGUAACGUUUCGGUUCCGCCACCGAAAACAACCCUCUGAACGACCGGCGUAUAAACAGUUUCCGUUUUAAUUGUGUGCACACGCUGUGCAUUGCGACUACUGCCCACGAAAAACUACCCCCACACAGCGAUAAUUAUUCGAUAAAUGUUUUCACGUGACUUUGAGUUCCUUUUUCCGUUCACUGUGUUUGGACUUUAACGGACCGUUUAAAUGACAGUUUAGUGUAGUAAUGAACGUAGACAUUAGACAACCGCCACCGGUUUCAUAACCGGUGAACAACGGAAAUCUGCAUUUUCCGUAUUUUCAGCGCAAAAGGCCGUGCAACCGUAUAUUAGUUAUGGAGGCUAGCGGUUCGGCUUGCAUGGCUUUGGCGUUUCUAAUCAACUACAACACUUUGAAAGCUGGAUUUGUGUACGACGAUAGCCGUGCUAUUAUUAACAAUCCAGAUGUGACAAGAGGAACUCCAUUGACUGAGAUUUGGACAAACGAUUUUUGGGGUACUCCUAUAGGUUCCACAAACUCUCAUGGUUCUUAUCGGCCUUUAUGUGUAGCUUCAUUUCGGUUAAACUAUUGGGCUGGAGGCUUAGACCCUAAAGGUUACCAUGUAGCCAACUUAUUACUUCACUGCGUAAUUACGUACCUAGUACAUUUAUUAUAUCGGACACUGCUGCCCGGACGAUGGGGUUCUUCAGCAGCUGCAGCUUUGUUUGCUGUGCACCCUGUACAUGUCGAAGCGAUUGCAGGCAUAGUAGGCAGAGCCGAUUUGCUGGCAUCCCUUUUUUAUCUGAUCUCGUUCCUAUGCUAUAUAGCACACGUUCGACACCGUGAUCGAACACAUGACCGUCGACAAGUAUGCUGCGGUGCCGGAUGUCAUCGUAAAACAUAUAGACUCAGAUCGGCUGUUGGCACUGUUUUUGCUGCCUUGGGACUAGGUACCUGUUCAAGCGAUCUGGAUGGACUACCGGGAGCUGUCACUGAGUGUUGUGCAGUUCGAGAAUGGGCUUGCUUGAUAGCCACAAUAUUAAUGGCAGCAUCUUCGAUGCUGGCCAAAGAAACUGGACUAACUGUGCUGGCUGUAUGUGCAGCUUACGACCUGCUUUACGCUUAUAAAACCUCUAAUAAGAAUGCCAGUGGAUUAUAUAGGACAUUGGCGAUAAUAUCAAGCGCUGCAGCAGGUUUACUGUUUGUUAGAAUGUCAUUGAUGGGCGAAAAUGGUCCUCCGGUGUUCGCAACGGCCGAUAACCCAGCAGCCAAGUCGCCCAGUUUAGUUACAAGGACAUUGACUUUUCUCUACUUACCGGUAGAAAACGUCAGGCUACUCAUUUAUCCGCGGCGGCUGGGAUUUGAUUGGUCAAUGGAUUCUGUACCUCUAGUAACAUCGGUGUACGAUCCAAGAAACGCCCUAUCACUUUUAUUGUUCGCAGCUCUAUUUACUACGGUGAAACGAUCUGCAAAGUUCGUAUACAAGACAAACAAAUUUCGAAAUCGAGCACACAAAUGUUGUUCUAGAACAAAGUCUCCUCAAAAAGUCACUCAUACGGAUGUUCCGGUUCGAACUGUAGCUCUCGGUGUAGCUCUCACAACCAUACCGUUUGUUCCUGUUUCUAAUAUGUUCUUUUAUGUGGGAUUCGUGUUGGCCGAACGAGUGCUCUACAUGCCCAGUAUUGGUUACUGUUUCUUAUUCGGUUACGGGUACUCGGUACUAGAAAAGAAACUAGGACCGAAAUGGCUUAAGAUGAGCUUGGCAAUUGUGUUAACUGUUUAUGGUACGCGCACAAUAAUCAGGAACAACGAUUGGAAAGACGAUGAAUCGCUUUACCGUUCCGGUGUACAUAUCAAUCCGCCUAAAGCAUACGGAAAUUUGGGCUCAAUUUUGAGUAGUCAAGGCCGAUUAAAUGAAGCAGAGACUGCAUUAAGAACCGCUCUUAAAUAUCGACCAAACAUGGCAGAUGUACACUACAACUUGGGAAACCUGCUGAGGGAUAAAGGCAACUUCGACGCGGCCGUGUCCAGCUACAAAAACGCUAUCAAAUACAGACCUUCGUUGGCAGUUGCUUAUUUAAAUAUGGGACAAUUGAUGGCAACAAUGGGUCGUUGUGAAGAAGCUGAGACUGUUCUCAAGACAUGUGCUAUGUUAGAUGGAUCUCGCUCAAAGGAUCCCGUUAAUCACGAGACCAGUAGGGUAUCCGCUUUAGUCACCUUGGGAAAACUUCAUGCUGAUAGAGGAAGAUACACGGACGCAGUUCAAGUUUAUAAACAAGCUGUCAGUGUACUUCCACAGUAUUACAACUCGAGGGUUCUGUUCAGUCUUUAUGGUGACGCAUUAUCUCAACUUAACCGUCAUAGGGAAGCUGAAAUGUGGCAUAAAGCGGCUCUGGAAGCUGGUCCAGAUCAUGUACCUUCACACUUAAACUAUGGAAAAUGGCUGGCGAAAAACAGAACCCGAAUUCACGAAGCAGAAAAUUGGUUUCUACGGGCAAAAAAAUUGGCUCCUGGUGAUUCAUCAGUUUAUAAACAUUUUGGAGUAUUUUUAUUAGAACAAGAAAGAUAUCCCGAAGCAGCUGCUCACUUAAUGGAAGCUGUUAUGUUAGAGCCAGAAGACUAUGAUCUCAUCGUUACCACGGCGACAGCUCUAAGACAGGCAGGGAUAUCGCUUAGGGCCGAAGACAUGUAUAGAAAAGCUGCAAUGCUCAGACCACAAGAUGCAAGUAGUCACAGCAAUCUUGGAGCAAUGCUUCAUAUGAAUGGAAAACAUCGUGAAGCAUUAACUAGUUACCAAAAUGCCUUAAGAAUAUCGCCAAACGAUCGGACAACUUUAGAUAACCUAAACAAGUUAAGAAACGUCCUACGACGUAGAUCUAGAGCGUGAUGCUUUCUGUCGACUCAGCGUUUGAAAAUUAAUUUUUAAUAACCUGUUAUUGUUUCUUAUAGUAUAUAAAUAUAUAUUUUUUUUAACUCCAAAAUAUAAUUAACUUAUGUAAUGCUUUAUAAUGUAUAAUUAUACUUAAUUGUGUAUUUAUUUUAAUAACAAUAUGUAUGGAUAAAAUUAUAUUUAUAAACCCUUUUAAAAAGAUAGUUCAUAUCAGCGAAUUAAGGUAUGACAAAUUACAAUUAAACGUCACCUUACUUCAUUCAACUAUGAGAUUUAUAUAUUUUAAAGAAAAUUUUUAAAUUAUGUGAUUAAAAGUGGUGUUAAAAAUAAUAAUAUUUGUAAGCAUUUUAAAAUAAAAUAAUUAAUAAAUGUAUACAAUAAAUAAAAAAUUAUUUAUACACUAGAUGUGUAAUUGAAUAAAUAUGUAUUCACUGAUUCUUUAAGUUCCUACAACCAUUAAAAUCAUAUAACCUAAAUUAUUUAAUUUUAUGCCAAACAAAACACGUUGCAAAAUAUUAAAAUGCAACCAGAUAUCAAAUACUACCCGAGGCAUAUUUAUAAAAAUUACAUGUUUUUUAUACAACGAAUAAAGAGUAAAAAAAAACACAAUUUUCUAAUGUUACACUCAUUUUCAGUUUUUUAAUUUACAUAGUGGAUAUAAAACUAAAAGACUCAAAUUAUCUCAACUUAACUAUUAACAUUUUUUGUUUUACGUUUUUAUAUCUAUACUCACAUUAUCUGUAAUAAAAAAUUAUAUUAGACCAAAAAUUAUCAUUAGUUAUUAUUAUUUAAUUUUAAAUUGAAUAAAAAAUCUUAUUAUAAACUAUUUACAAAAUCAACUACAAAACAUUCUCUUUUUAUAUAAUUUACAAUUAUUUUUUAACCAUACAACUAAACUUAUUUGUAACAUACUAUGUAUCUUUUGGUAGAUCAUAAUACACCGUAUGUUUAAUAAAAUAGUUUUAAGUAGGUUAUUGUUAUUUUUAACAUGUAAUACCUAUAUAAUUUUACAAUUUAUCGCGUUUUUUAAAUUACUUAGUUCAUUUCCAAACAAAUAAAAUUUUACGCAUGAAAUUUUCCUUUAAUAAAUAUUCUAAUUUCCUAAAAC